AUGCACAAGAUGACCAAGAUGGCUCCAGUCGACAAAAAAUUCUUAUGGGAUAUUUUUAACAAGUAUGUUGAUAGUCAAAUGCAUGCCUUCGUUCGAUGAUUCGUCAAAAGCAUUCUUUCUAUGAUUUGAUCUCGUUUCAGCGACUAAAAAUAUAUAAUUCCAAGUUUAUGUUUUUGUCUUCGCGUGAUGCAGUGCGUGUUAUGUAUGCCUACGUGUAAAUGUGUUGUAUUUAAUCAUUGAAAUUGUAACUUUUUUUAAAUCCUGUGUGAACGUGUUAUUAAACUGUAGAAUUGACACUGACAAAAAUGGGUCGAUUAGUGGCGACGAACUGCAGCAGGCACUACGAAAUGGUAUGUUUUGGAAGCAUGUUAAUAAUUCCUUGUUUAUCUGUCAUGUUAUUUUACACACAAAGGUAAUCGAACUGCGUAUACAACGACUUGUGCAGCUUGCAUUAUAUACUCUAUAUAGCUAUGCCCGUUAUGGCUGGUUUCUCUUACAGUCUUAGUUAUCGAAAUUGCUGUAACCACAGUAGGAGUUUGCAUAAUAAGUAAAUUCUACGUUUUGAAGGAUUUGUAAGAAAUGUUUGAGAGAACUGUUAAACUGUUAAACACUGAAUCAGUUCCUCAAACAUUUCUUACAAAUUCUUCGAAACUUUGAAUUUACCCAUGCAAAAUUCGAACCCUAAUUCCACCAGCAAAUUUUGUAUAACCCAUGCAAUAUUCUAUACAGUAUGCGCCGCUGUCAUCAUGAAUCAAUGAAUGUUCUCUGAAUUAUGUCAUAUAUAGAGAAUUUUCUUCCUUUUUAGCCUAUCACUAUAUAGGUAUAAAAAAAUCAGUCUUAAUUCAUUUGUGUGCACUGUUUACAAUAAAUUCUUCAUUUCAAAUUGUAGGUACGUGGACUGCGUUUAACCCAGAAACAAUCCGACUAAUGAUGAGUAAGGCAAAUAUAAUAUAUUGACUCUACUAGAAAAUACAUGCAUGCAGAAACCCUCGCCUUGCUGACAAAACCAUUCUAUUUUCGGAACAUAAAGUAUCUGAAGUAGUUGUCAUGGUAACACGAUAAUUUUUAAGAAUA